AUGAAGACGAGCGAUGAACUUCUCCACAUCGACAUUAAGGUGGAUGAAAGCAAAGCUCGCACCUCCGUCCUGGACCUCCUCAGAACUUUGAGACCUCAUUGGAGGCCGGAAGACGUCCGCAUGAAGGCCAGUAGCCUUUUGUUUGGGACGUUCACGGAGGGCAUCACCAACCAGCUGCUGGGCUGCUCCGUGGACGAAUCGGACUGCGUGCUGGUGCGAGUCUACGGCCAACGGACCGAACUCUUUCUGGACCGCCAACGGGAGGUGGAAAUGUUCCGCCUCCUCCACGCAAACGGCCGCGGGCCGCAGAUCUACUGCAGCUUCCGCAACGGCAUCUGCUACCAGUUCGUCCCGGGAGACGUGCUGGAAGACAAGCUGCUCCGCCAGCCCUCCGUCUACAGAUUGAUCGCGGCGGAGAUGGCGAGAAUCCACUCCAUCCCUCCGCCGAGCGCUCACCCCCCCGAGCGUCUGCUGUGGAGCAAGCUCUCUCGUUUUCUCACGCUCUUAGAGGACAGCGGCGAACUCGCCGGGCAGAGUUCCGCGUCCGACCCCCAGUUGCCCGCUUUGGCGAGGUUGUCGACGGAAGCGGAGUCGCUGGAGCGGCACCUCUCGCCGUUGGGCUCGCCCACCGUGUUAUGUCACAACGACCUCCUGACCAAGAACAUCAUCUACGACUGCCAGCAGGAGACUGUGAAAUUCAUCGACUACGAGUACGCUGAGUACAACUACCAGGCCUUCGAUAUUGGGAAUCACUUCAAUGAAUUUGCAGGUGUCCAGGACAUAGACUACGGCUGCUACCCGAGCCGCCGGCUGCAGAACGACUGGCUGGAGGCCUACCUGCUAAGCUACAAGCACUGCACGGGGCAAGACGUCGCCAUCACCCGGGAUGAGGUGACGCGACUCUACGUGCAAGUCUGCAAGUUCUCCUUGGCUUCCAACUUCUUCUGGGGUUUGUGGGCCAUCCUCCAGUCUCAGUACUCCUCUAUUGACUUUGACUUCCGGAGGUACGCCGUGGCGCGCCUCAACCGCUACUUCGAGAAGAAAGAAGAAUAUUUUUUAUUGAAAUGAAUUGGAAAGAGGGCAGUACUUCAGGCAAGCGGUUAUUACAUUUGCCCGGUGUUCCAAGUUUCUGGGUUCAAAUUUCUGUUCUUGGCUGGCAAGUCCACGAAGCAUAUUUUAAAGGUCUUGUCUCGGUCCCGGGGGGUGGCCAUCGAGACCCGCGCUGAUCUGCUCUUCUUCAGCUUCAUUCCUGUGAAGAAGCACUUUGUGAAACCAA